CACAGAGAGAGAGAGAGAGAGACGCGCGCGCACGGAGAGAGCGCAGGAGUCUCGCGCAGAGUUUCCCCAAACAGAAAGUGAUAGAGUCGGUAAACGGGCACUUCACGCCGCCGGAGCCGGAGCCACAGCACUCGGACGGGGACUGGUACGGAUACAUCUGGUAUCGGAGUUGUGAGCAAUGCGCUGGCAGCAUGGCCAGAUGGUUCAAGGAGCACCUGGGUUUCAAAACCACCAAAGCCCCGCCACCGGCGCCUCCGAAACCGGACUACCGACACUUCCACACCACCGUCUCCAGCCCUCCGGCGUUCCACCUCCAGCAGCAGACGGGCACCGGGUUAAUGUCCGCGCAGCCCGACAUCCUCACCGCCUACAAACUCCAGAAGGAGCUGGACUUCGAGGAUCCGUACACGCCGGGCGGAAACGUGCCCUUCUCCGCCGGACUGAGUUCCGCGGGCUCGCCGGACAUCAAGUACGUGUCUCCGAAGCACCGGCUCAUAAAGGUGGAGACGGUCGAGCGCAGCGCCUCGAGCUCGGGCAGCAGUAGCGGGGCGACCGCGGUCAAAUCCCCCAGCUCUCCGCCCGCCGAGCCCGAGAACGGCAAGCAGGAGAAGCUCAUCAUCUUAGAGGACUAUGCCGACCCCUUUGACGCAGCGGACCAGGCGGGCGGCACCCAGACGGUCACAGAAAAGCCAACGGAGAACGACGGCUACAUGGAGCCCUAUGAAGCGCAGAAGAUGAUGGCUGAAAUCCGAGGCGGUCGCGCUGCUAAAGACGGUCCGGUCCGGCAGCUUCCUCUCUACGACACACCGUACGAGCCGGAGGAGAACGGAGGAGAUCCAGACGGAUGUGUGUGUUCCCGCGAGAGCAGAUUACCGCAGGACGACGAGAGGCCGCCGGAGGAGUACGACCAGCCCUGGGAGUGGAAGAAAGACCGCAUAUCCAAAGCCUUCGCAGUAGAGAUUAAGGUCAUUAAGGAUCUGCCGUGGCCUCCUCCGGUCGGGCAGCUCAACUCCAGUCCUCCGCUGAUGGAGGCUCCGUCCUCUCCGGGAGACCAGCUCCAGCACGUGCAGUUUGACGGCGUGGAGAAGGAUCUGAAGUGUCGUCCGCUGCAGCGGCACUCGAGCGAAAUGAGCUCCAGCGAGCCGAGCGUGGGCGAGCGCAUCGACCCGGCCGUGCCUCUGGAGAGCCAGUUCUGGUAUCACGGAGCCAUCAGCCGCACGGACGCCGAGGCUCUGCUGCGCUUGUGUAAAGAGGCCAGUUACCUGGUGAGGAACAGCGAGACCUGUAAGAACGACUUCUCGCUCUCUCUCAAGAGCAGUCAAGGUUUCAUGCACAUGAAGCUCUCCAGGACCAAAGACAAUAAGUACGUCCUGGGUCAGAACAGCUGCCUGUUCGACAGCGUCCCCGAGAUCAUCCACUUCUACUCCAGCCGCAAACUACCAAUCAAAGGGGCCGAGCACAUGUCCUUGCUGUACCCCGUGGCCAUCCGGACACUAUAGAGGCAGAAACGCUGCAGAAGCAGGACGUUCAUUCAGCGUUUACAAGACAACGACAAACUAAAGUGCUACUGAGAUCCCGAAGGCAAACAGGGAGACUCCUGGACGCCUCAUUCGUCUCGUCUCGAGGAACGCGGUUUCUCUGUCCUUCAAAUGCCUUCUUCAUGAUUCCAGACCCGUUUUCUUUCCAUAAGUGGAUCUUUAGUCUUAGACCUGCACCCACACUUUAUCUCCACUGUUACACACUGUACAGAAACCCGAAACGUCGCUCAAACUUUACUAUUCGGAUGUUUAUAGCUGCGAUUUCUGGACAUGUGAAUCAUUAGACGUUCUCGGACAUCAAAGCGCCACAGUAAAUGGACAAAGACAAUCGUACUGUAGCGGAACCUCAUCAUCUGGACUUUCUGUGAUGGUAUUGUCAAUCAGCUGGGUUCGGUGAGAUAUUAGCUAAUCAUUAAACAUGAACAUUUUCAGAUCGUACAGAAAAAUAAACCCCAGAAGACUGAAAUCGAGCGUUCGGCAUUUUCCAGUUAAGACCCACAGAUGUGAAGAGUGAUCAAUACGCAGACAGAUUCAUUAAGUCCCUUAAAAUAGCAGUAAUAGUGCAGAGCGAGAGGAGGAGAGAUGGAUGGUGCCAUUUAAGUGCACUUGGAGAGGCGGCUAUGCAGAACAGCGUGAAAAAGAACCUUUUAAUUUAACGUUCAGAGAGAGUCACUUCAGACACCAGAGUUCAGGAUGAUCUUGACCAAGGAGAGUGAAAUAUUACUGUAUUGUCUACCUCAGAAAAUCAAUUUCGUCCGUCCAUCCGCCGGUCGAUAAGGUACAGUGACGUUGCAGAUAUCGAUCGUUUAACUCUUUCCGUCUCAAAUUCCCAGCAAGUUUAGCCUUUUGGUUUGAGGAUAGCUUCUUCUUCACCCGAACACAGUCAGACCUUCAUUUCUGUGCUGUCGUGACUCUGUUUGGUUAAUUAAUGCCUUAUACUGUAAAUGCAUGGAUUAGAAAAAGAAAACAAAUGGAGAACGCUGUUGUUCGAUGAAUGUUUAGUGGCUGUAAUUUAUUAUAGAAAAAGAAAAUAAUGCUGUUGGCUGAUUGUUUUUAGUCCAGCUAAGACAAUGUUCUCAGCCUGUGUGUGUGUGUGUGUGUGUGUGUGUGUGUGUGUGUGUGUGUGUGUGUGUGUGUGUGUGUGUGUGUGUGUGUGUGUGAAUAAUCUGACCUUACCUUUCUUUGCGAUUGUCCUUGUCUGAAUACUCUGAUUGGAUGCUGCUUUCCAUGGAAACCAUUUAGAGCAGUUCAGCCAAUCAGAGUUCAGAUUUGUUCUGACCCUUCCUCUGACCUCUGGUUGUCCUUGUUUGCCUUCAUCCAGUUUCUUUUUUGUUUUUCUCUCUCAGUGUGUUUGUUUAAAGCAUGAAGUCCGACACACUUGUGGUACAGAUAUAAAGCCUGUGUGUUUGGUUUUCAACACUACAACCAAGUCUUUUAUUUUGUUUUUAUUUGUUAUUUAUCGUUGCCUCUCUGACAUGCUUUUUAUGAUCUUUCAACCCUUAAAGGGACAGUUCCACCUCCAAAAAAUGAAAAUUGUCGUCAUUUACUCACCUUAAUCUCAUUAUUUUGCUGAAUGUCUUCGGCUGUUCUUUUCCAUACAGUAAGAGUUAAUUGAGAAAGAGACUGGUCUAUUUGGGAGGAAAUAUAAAAUAAAAACAAAUUGAAUAUGCUAAAAGAUUUUAAGAGUACACUAACAUACAGUACUGCUGAGUAGUUUGGGGACAUAAACAUUUUUUAAUAUUAAUGUUAAAGUCUUUGAUGCACACCAAGGCUGCAUUUAUUUGAUUAAAAAUACGAAAAAAAAAAAAAAAAAA